CUGGAUCUAAUAGACGACCCCGAUCUGCCUUUACCUCUUCCGCACAGUACCGGCGACCGCGAACCCCGGUGGCUACAGAGCACGCCUAACUGGACACGAAGGUGGUUCCAACAAGUCAAUGGGCAUAUGGAUAUCCUUCAACCUCGAUGGCUAGAAAGCCGUCAAUCGUCACAUACCCACAAAACGAGUGACUUCUUCCGACCUCGUCUCACUGCGGCCUAUGUAUGCUGCUCUAUAGUUGCCUUAUACGUGCUAUACUGCUACAUUGUCCGGUCACCUCUCUUCGCUUCGAAACUGCCCAAAUAUACUGGUCGGUUUGACGUGGGCGCCAUCGACAUCGAAGUUCCCGUGGUGGAGCCUCACAACAUUGUCAAUUCCGUUUUCAAGCAAAAUGGCGAACCGGCCUUUCGCCUCGAUACUGUCCUCUUCACUCUCUACUAUCCUGCUGUGAAAGGAUCGCGGAGCUCGAAACCACGACACAAAUGGUUCCCCAAGCCAAUCAGCCUGAUUGCAGAAGGUUAUGCACACGCCGCUCACUUCAACAACUUCUUCUCCCGACCUUUAUUCACAUUUGCGCUAUGGGGUUUGGCAAGUUCCAUCGAUAUUCCUGCCAAGGUCGACGUGCCUUUGAUUGAUCCUUCUUCCUCCAUGCAAGAUGCAGACGGCGACGAGGCCGACCUAUCACGGCUUCCCGUAGUGGUUCUCAGCCAUGGCGACGUAAGCUCACGGACAGACUACACUGCCUACUGCGGCGAGCUCGCCAGUCGAGGAAUCGUUGUAGCGGCGAUCGAACAUCGAGAUGGAUCUUGCCCGGGCAGCAUCGUUCAUCUGCCUCACGGCAAGACGAGAAGAGUACUGCUUUGGAGAGCCGAUCAACUGAAGCCAGAAAACGGGAAAGAGGAGGUGAGCAACGAUGAAUGGAGAUUUCAGAAACUGGCCUAUCGAGAUGCCGAGAUCCACGAGACCAUACGUGUUUUGGAAGAUUUGGACUUGGGUAGAGGAGAUGAAGUCUUCUCGUACAACUAUAGGAAGGAAGGCAAGGAUCUUGAACACUGGAAGGGUCGUCUCGACUUUUCGCAUCUCGUGAUCGCUGGGCAUAGCUUCGGCGCGACAGGAGCACUCCAAGCACUCAAAAGCGCAAACUCAGCAACUGGUGGAAUCAUUCUCGACCCGGGAAAGUCCAGCGGGCAGCUGAAUACCGACAUCGACGUCCCGUUGUUGGUGGUGCACUCUGACUCGUGGUCCAAGGCUCACACAAUCUUUUACAACCGGCCGCAUUUUGACACGGUGCGCGACAUUGCGUCUCACGUUUUGAACCGCACUGGCGCCAGCUGGUUCAUGACGAGUUUGAAGACGUCUCAUCCUUCUUGCACCGACGCACCGCUCAUCGAGCCUUUGUUACUAUCCUGGACGACGGGCGCAACGAUCAAUGUCAGAGAAGGCUUACGCGAGUACGUCCGAGUCAGCAUGGAAUUCAUCGAAUUUUUGCAGACGGGGAAGCGCAGUGGUGUGCUAGAUAUCGGUCCUACACAUGAGUCGUAUGGGAAUGAUACGAGAUCUCUGGAGCAGAAGAAUAGCAUACCGCAUUCCAUUAUGCGUUAUUGGCAAGUCCAUGUGGCUCCCGAGGUGAGGUUUCCAGAGGAAGAAGAUGGCGACUCGAUGCGAACCAAGGUGGAUGAUCGAUCCAUGCGGUAUGACGAAGAUGGCUACUCUGUGCAAACGAGAGUGAAUGAUGGAUCCAUACGGUACGAUGAAGACGAUGCAUACUCUAUGCAAACGAGGGUGAAGGAUAGAUUCUUGCGUUACGACGAAGAAGAUGCAGACUCUGUCAAAACGAGGGGCACACGAUAGAUCCAUGCGGGCAGUGUGACGAGAAUUUCGCGACAGCAGCAAGCAACUCUCUUUUCACACAUCAGUAUUGGAGGAAGCUUUCUUGAGAGAAAUGAAAGUCUGCAUGUCACACGUCGUAGAGUGUAACUUACAUGUAGACUUCCACUGCAGUGCCUCAAGAUUC